AAGAGGCGUGGCGCGGCGGUCUUCCGGCGGCGAGGAUGCCUGGGGAGUGAGGCGGGCGGAGGGUCGGUGGGUCGGUGGGGCAUGGCGCCGAUGGGGAUCCGCCUGUCCCCGCUGGGGGUGGCCGUGCUGGGCCUGCUGGGCCUGGGCCUCCUCUACCACCUCUACGCGGGCUUCCUGGCCGGGCGGCUGGGCCUCUCCCUCCCCGGGGGCGCCGCCUCGGACGGGACGGGCCCGGCGGAGGUGGACCUGCGGGAGCUGCUGGCGGCCUCGGUGGCGGCGGCGGAGGCGGGCGGGGCCGAGGUCAAGCGCGUCCGCGAGGAGGGCGCCCUGGGCGAGCAGCGCAAGGAGGGCGGCGGCGGAGGAGCAGGAGGGGCCCAGGCCGAGAAGCUCACCCGCGGGGACCUCGCCUCCAACCGCAAGCUCGUCCGCCUCCUCCGAGGGGCCUUCCCCGCCCUCCAGAUAAAUUCUGAAGAACAUCUUGAUGGAGAUGACCAAGAGAUCAUUUCUUGGGAUCGCACCAUUCCUGAAGAUAUAAAGAAACGAGUCCAGCCUAUUUUUGUACCAGCAGAUAGCAUUACAGUGUGGAUUGACCCAUUAGACGCAACUCAAGAAUAUACAGAGAAUCUUCGCCAGUAUGUGACUACAAUGGUGUGCGCUGCUGUGAAUGGAAAGCCAGUUAUAGGAGUAAUACACAAGCCAUUUACUGGAUAUACAGCCUGGGCAAUGGUGGGCGGAGGAGCCAACAUCAAGGCACGGUCUUCCUACAACGAACAGGCGCCCACCAUCAUCGUGUCCCGGUCCCACGAAGGGAAAGUGAAGCAAGUCGCUUUGCAGACCUUUGGAAAUAAGACUGUGGUCAUUAAAGCUGGCGGUUCAGGAUACAAGGUCCUGUCCCUCCUGGACGUCCCCGAGGCAGAUCAGGAGAAAGCGGACGUCUACAUCCACGUCACCUUCAUCAAGAAGUGGGACAUCUGCGCGGGCAACGCGGUGCUGAGAGCCUUGGGGGGCCACAUGACGACUCUGGCGGGAGAGGAGAUCGACUACACGGGGUCCGUCGCCAACGACGGCGGGCUCAUCGCCAGCAUCAACAUGAACCACAAGGCCCUGCUCGAGAAGCUCCCCGUUCAGGACAAGACCUCGCAGAAUUGAACCCUGGAAAUGAUCCGUUGGAGGCGGGAACCGGUCUUGGGAACGGGCUGCUCUCCAGAAAAUGUGCACUUGGAAGACCACCGAUGGGCUGGGACGCAUGAUGUGCUUAUGCCUCGUUGUCCAGAUGCAUUUUGAGGCUGUAUUUGGUGUCUGUAACUGAAGGGAAGGAAUCCAUCUCGGCACCAGUCGUAACAGAAGCACACUGCAAACUUUGGUUCCGGCUAACCUCCACAUCCUGUUGCAACCCUCUUUACAUUGCCAAAUGAAAAAUAAUAAUAAUUAUCUGGGCCAUUUGAACUCCAUGGAUAAAUAUCCUUCAUUCCUUUGGGAUGCAAAGUCUUACAGAGACUGAGGAAUCCUUGCGUGACUCUUGUUCAUCUUGGGCACAACUUGAAACGACAAAGGAAAUAACUUGGAUCUACUUUUAAUAUUUACCCGAAGAUGCAAACCAGCUUAAAUGUGGAUGAGAGUGUUCAUAUCUUUGUGGUUUUACAUUCAUGUCCUUUAUUAUCACAUCCUUUGCGUGUGUUAUUUUAAAAGAAAGUGUGUUCCCCUGAAAUAGUUUCACGUGUUGAGCAUUGCCAUUGCGGCCCGUGACACUUGCUCCAGUUCUUAACAUUUUGUGUGGAGCUUACCCAUUAGUCGCAUGUCCCGUUUCAUUCCUGAAGAGAAAUGUAGGGUUUUUAUUACAAUCGUUGGCAAAAAGAGACCACACAUCCUCUGAAAACCCUUACAGGGGCUCUCUCAAGUGUCUUGCUAGAAAUUGCAUUCCAGAAAUGUUAUUCGGUCUGUUUUCGAACUCAUCCCAUCUGUUGCUAUUUAGCACUUGAGUUCUGCAUACAAAUCUUUAAAAUUCCUCAAGAUUUCAGUGUAACUGGUGUCUUUCCUCCCUUUAAAUCGAUCUGUGAAAAAGAAGGCUGCCUUUGUUCUUUGAGGCUGGAUUGUAAAGGUCUUGGGCUACUGCUGUGAACAAUUUAAAGCAAAAUCAAACCCAUUUGGUGCACUGAAUCCAGCCUUGAUUUCUUCCCUUCUGUUAAUGCAUGAGGGAGAGAGCAAAGCAAAAGCCCUUAGAUGUGACCCUCCAGAUGAGGUUACAAUGCCAGCCCCAGGUCUGUUGGCUCCGUCUUCCCUGCUGAUAAUACUGUCUCUCAGUGUGUGAUUGCUUGAAUGUUUGGUGAAUGUUUGGUCAGAAAAAAUAGGCCAAUGUUUGUGCAACUCACAAAAAAUCCCAUUUUACUUUCUGUUUUAUUGCAGAGAUAUUCUUCCUUGGUGCUUUUGGUAGUCUGUAACUUAUUUUGGUCACUUGGAAAACAAAAAGAGCUGAUUAGUAAAAUGAAGUGCAGCCCUCAGUUGACCUGUCUGCUCAGAGCUAAGUCUUGUUGUUUUUGGGUGAAACCGAUUCCCCAUUAAGACAGAGAACUCUUAGCGAUAUUAAGACAAAACAAGUGCCAAGAGGUCAGUGUUGGUCAGAAAUGCUGCCCAAGCAGGGUUUCAUGGGAAGGCUACUUUCCUUUCACAAAAAAGUGUUCAGAUCACAUGGCUUCUCUUCAAAAGUAUUGAUCGGCAGUUCAUUUCCACUUUGACACAAGACUGUUUGAAAAUUAAAUGCGUUGUAAUGGA